GUUUCAGAACACCGGAAGCUCUCGGGUGGCAAACAUGGCGUCAGCGGCGCUGGCGCUGAGGACGCGGGCGGCUGCUUCAGCCCUGCUGAGCACCCCCCAGCCUGCUGCUCUUACAGUCAGAUAUGCAUCUAAGAAGACGGGUGGCAGCUCCAAAAACCUGGGUGGAAAGUCCCGGGGCAAACACUAUGGCCUCAGGAAGAUGGAUGGGGACUAUGUUCAUGCUGGCAACAUCCUUGCGACUCAGCGCAACCUUCGCUGGCACCCAGGCGCCCACGUGGGGCUGGGGAAGAGGAAGUACCUGUAUGCCCUGGAGGAGGGCACCGUCCGCUUCACCAAGGAGGUCUACGUGCCCAACCCCAAAGAUGCGGACGCAGUAGAUCUGGUCACCAGGCUGCCCAAGGGCGCUGUGCUCUACAAGACCUUCGUCCACGUGGUCCCCGCCAAGCCCGAGGGCACUUUCAAACUGGUGGCCAUGCUUUGAGCUCCUGGUGAAGGCCUUUGCACAGAUGACCCAAGGUGACAGGAGAAGAUGGACUGGACCCAUCAGGUCUGGGUGCCGACAAGGCCCUCCGAGGACAAGGCCUCUCGAGCAUGGAAGGCAUUCACCCUGAACAACAGAGACUGGGGUGGCUUCAGAAAAGGCCUCUGGACACUCGACCUGGGCUCCUAAUAAAGUUCACUGCAGCCCUUGGA